GAAAUCAUAUCUAUCUUAUAAUUCCAAGAACAUAUAUAAUUAAUUAAUCAUGAGUUAUUAUAAUCAACCUCCUCCCGUUGGUGUACCUCCCCCUCAAGGAUAUCCACCAAAGGAUGCAUAUGGGUACCCUCCUCAAGAUUAUCCUCCGCAAGGUUAUCCUCCACAAGGCUAUCCUUCUCCGCAAGGUUACCCUCCACACGGCUACCCUCCUCCACCAUACGGUGCCCCUCAAUACGCCGCUCCACCACCACCUCAAAAAAAUUCAGCCACCACCGGUGUCAUGACGGGCUGUUUGGCUGCGGUUUGCUGUUGCUGCCUUUUAGAUGCAUGUUUUUAAUGACAAAGUAAGAUUGUUGUGAAGGAAAAUGACAUCCAGUAAUGAUCU